AUGGAGAUAUACAACACAUUGUUCCCGAACGAUGGGACAACUGAUGGGAUUCUGGGAAAUCAAAAUGCUAAGGCUGUGUCACCAAAUGCUAAUAAUAAUCCGCGAACCCUGGAUGAUGUUUUGAAAGCGUUUGAUGGAUAUUGUAUACUAAAGAAGAACAUACUAAUGGAAUCGUUCAAAUUUCACAAUAUUGUACAAAAAGAAAAGCAGCCUUUUGUAGAGUUUGAAACAGAGCUUCGCAAACAAAUUGAGUUUUGUGAAUACAAAUUGGAUGGACAAUCAUACAAUGAUCGUAUGUUGAAGGAACGAAUUGUCAUUGGUGUGCAUGACAAGAAGUUACAAUUGAAGUUAUUGGAAGGAAAGGAUGAGUCAUUGCAGAAAGUCAUUGAAACGUGCAAGAUGUAUGAGGCUGCAAAUGCACAUAAGGCGUUGUUGAAUACAACUAGUCAAACAAGUGUUAAGAGUGUGGCUGAACAGGAGCCAAAGAAAACAGUCAACGCAGUAACACGUCGUUGCUAUAACUGUGGUGGCGAUUUCGCAGCAAGGCAUUUGGAAACAUGCAAAGCUAGAGAUAUCAAUUGCCGAUCAUGUGGACGCAAAGGUCAUUUCCAACGUUGGUGCAAAUCAAAAGGAAAGCAAGCGGGCAACAAAGGAACGAAACCGGACAGCAGCUAUAACUAUGUAAAACAAUAG